CAGCACUGACGCGAACAACCUAACUCAACUCGUCAACAAAUACCUCCUCCUCUCCAAGUGACGAGCGCCCUGCCCUCCUGCAUCGCUGCUCUUCCUUCCUCCUUAAUUCCACCACCGUCGUGGGCGCGGUAAUCCCAAGCUCGCCAAGAUGGUGAAGUUUUCGGCGGACGAGCUCCGCGCCAUCAUGGACAAGAAGCACAACAUCAGGAACAUGUCCGUCAUCGCCCAUGUCGAUCACGGAAAGUCGACUUUAACGGAUUCCCUGGUGGCUGCUGCUGGAAUCAUUGCCCAGGAGACCGCCGGAGAUGUGAGGCUGACGGACACUCGGCAGGAUGAGGCGGACCGUGGCAUCACCAUCAAGUCGACCGGUAUCUCGCUGUACUACGAGAUGACGGAGGAGUCGCUGAAGGACUACAAGGGCGAGAAGGACGGGCAUGAUUACCUGAUCAACCUGAUCGACUCGCCCGGGCAUGUGGACUUUUCGUCGGAGGUGACGGCGGCGCUGCGGAUCACGGACGGAGCUUUGGUGGUGGUGGACUGCGUGGAGGGAGUGUGCGUGCAGACGGAGACGGUGCUGCGGCAGGCACUGGGAGAGAGGAUCAGGCCGGUGUUGACUGUGAACAAGAUGGACAGGUGCUUUUUGGAGCUGCAGGUGGAGGGCGAGGAGGCGUACCAGACGUUCCAGCGGGUGAUCGAGAGCGCGAACGUGAUCAUGGCGACGUACGAGGACGCGCUGCUGGGGGACGUGCAGGUGUAUCCGGAGAAGGGGACGGUGGCGUUUUCGGCGGGUCUGCACGGGUGGGCGUUCACGCUGACGAACUUCGCGAAGAUGUACGCGGGGAAGUUCGGGGUGGACGAGAAGAAGAUGAUGGAGAGGCUGUGGGGGGAGAACUUUUUCGACCCGGCGACGAAGAAGUGGACGUCGAAGAACACGGGGUCGGCGACGUGCCAGCGCGGGUUCGUGCAGUUCGUGUACAACCCGAUCAAGCAGGUGAUCAACAUCUGCAUGAACGACCAGAAGGAGAAGCUGUGGCCGAUGCUGGCGAAGCUGAACUGCGGGCUGAAGGCGGACGAGAAGGACCUGGUGGGGAAGGCGCUGAUGAAGAGGACGAUGCAGGCGUGGCUGCCGGCGGCGAGCGCGCUGCUGGAGAUGAUGAUUCACCAUUUGCCGUCGCCGGCGACGGCGCAGAGGUACAGGGUGGAGAAUUUGUACGAGGGGCCGCUGGACGACCAGUACGCGAACGCGAUCAGGAACUGCGACCCGAACGGCCCGCUGAUGCUGUACGUGUCGAAGAUGAUUCCGGCGUCGGACAAGGGGCGGUUUUUCGCGUUCGGGCGCGUGUUCGCGGGGAAGGUGUCGACGGGAAUGAAGGUGCGGAUCAUGGGGCCGAACUACGUGCCCGGGGGGAAGAAGGACCUGUACACGAAGUCGGUGCAGAGGACGGUGAUCUGGAUGGGGAGGAGGCAGGAGUCGGUGGAGGACGUGCCGUGCGGGAACACGGUGGCGAUGGUGGGACUGGACCAGUUCAUCACGAAGAAUGCGACGCUGACGGGGGAGAAGGAGACGGACGCGCACCCGAUCAGGGCGAUGAAGUUUUCGGUGUCGCCGGUGGUGCGGGUGGCGGUGCAGUGCAAGCACGCGUCGGACUUGCCGAAGCUGGUGGAGGGGCUGAAGCGGCUGGCGAAGUCGGACCCGAUGGUGUUGUGCAUGAUCGAGGAGAGCGGGGAGCACAUCAUCGCGGGGGCGGGAGAGCUGCAUUUGGAGAUCUGUUUGAAGGAUCUACAGGACGACUUCAUGGGGGGCGCGGAGAUCGUGGUGUCGGACCCAGUGGUGUCGUUCCGGGAGACGGUGUUGGACAAGUCGGUGCGGACGGUGAUGAGCAAGUCGCCGAACAAGCACAACAGGCUGUACUUCGAGGCGCGGCCGUUGGAGGAGGGGCUGUCGGAGGCGAUCGACGACGGGCGGAUCGGGCCGCGGGACGACCCGAAGGUGCGGUCGCAGAUACUGGCGCAGGAGUUCGGGUGGGACAAGGAUUUGGCGAAGAAGAUCUGGUGUUUCGGGCCGGAGACGACGGGGCCGAACAUGGUGGUGGAUAUGUGUAAGGGAGUGCAGUACCUGAACGAGAUCAAGGACUCGGUGGUGGCGGCGUUCCAGUGGGCGACGAAGGAGGGUGCGAUGGCGGAGGAGAACAUGCGCGGGAUCGCGUUCGAGGUGUGCGACGUGGUGCUGCACACGGACGCGAUCCAUCGCGGAGGAGGGCAGAUCAUCCCGACGGCGCGGCGGGUGAUGUACGCGGCGCAGCUGACGGCGAAGCCGCGGCUGCUGGAGCCGGUGUACCUGGUGGAGAUCCAGGCGCCGGAGGGUGCAUUGGGAGGAAUCUACGGAGUGCUGAACCAGAAGCGCGGUCACGUGUUCGAGGAGGUGCAGAGGCCGGGGACGCCGCUGUACAACAUCAAGGCGUACUUGCCGGUGAUCGAGUCGUUCGGGUUUUCGGGGACCUUGCGAGCGGCGACGUCGGGGCAGGCGUUCCCGCAGUGCGUGUUCGACCACUGGGAGAUGAUGAACAGCGACCCACUGGAGGCGGGUACUCAGGCGGCGACCCUGGUGUCGGACAUCAGAAAGCGGAAGGGGUUGAAGGAGCAGAUGACCCCAUUGUCGGAUUUCGAGGACAAGUUGUAGGGAUGAUGGUGCGGUGGGCGUGUGAUAGGGUAUAUUCUGGUUGGAUUUUGUUAGUAAGGUGUAGUGUUUAGGUAAGUGUUGGUGUAUGCUAGGGGGCAGUGGAGAGGCACGGGCGUGAGGGUAUAGCAGCGGUUUGAGCUGGGACAUUGAGUUGUGGAGUCGGCUGAUUCUGCGGCGUGGAAGUGUGGAUUCUUGGAGGGAGUGACCCGGGAAUGUGGACCUUCGUGGUAGCUGAGAUAUCUGGACCAGACAGAAUGUUUUCAUCUAAUGGAAUGGACCUGGAUGUUUUCGAACUCUGGUGCCUUGUCCUGCUGGUUUGUGUGGUUGGCGACGUUUGUGCAAGUUGAUUGCCUGUUCGUGAGCAUGGGUUUUGGGAAUGCGCCAUCCUCACCCGCUCGGUCGUUAAGCCUGUCAUGUUUUGGGAGUAGGGCGUAGCACGGUCCUUAGGCGACUUCAGCUCAUCUGCUCGAUAAACUGUGCGGACAGGUUUUUGGAAGAGUUAAUGAGUUGAGGGUGACAGGAUUGGUUUCAGCUCGUAGUGUCCAUGAACCAUGUAAUGCACGGUUCUCUAUAGGGUUGGAUCGGUUGUGAAGCUGAGUUGGCUCUCUGUCUGCAAACAUGCCAAAUUUGAGAAAUCCUAUGUGCGCCACCUAUGUUUAGACUUGGCUCAGUUUUGACUGUU